AUGACAACACCAGCUUCUCCUGACAAGGAGGUGUUGAAGCAUCUUCUUCCACUUCGCUACAAUGGGAAGAUAGUAUUAGAAUGCAACCAUUUUGUGUCCCAGUUACAGAUCUACUGGGCUAUCAACACUGUCCUCUCCACAUUGGAGCUCAAGGUGCAAGUUGCACUUGCCCUCCUUGAUGGUGAUGCCUAUGCCUGGGCCACCCCACUCUUUACCCAACUUGCAGCCAUCACAGUGGGUGUCCAAGGAGCCACCUUGCCAUUCUCCAAUGAGGAUGACUUCUUCAUGAAGUUCAAAGCUCAAUUCAGCAACCUGGAUGAUGCCACAGCUACCCAGGUUGAACUCACAAAAGUCUACGACAAAUUACUGCAUGACAAAUGCACUGCUGCCAAGUUCUUGGCACUGUUCAAGGGUCUGGUGGACCAUUCCGGGUAUGGUGACCUGGAACUCUGUGACAAGUACCUGAGUACAAUCCCCUCCCACAUCUACCACAAAAUCGAGCUUGAACCAUUCACCACGUGGGCUGAAGCGGAAGAACGUGUCCUUGAAGUUGAGCAGAUGCUUGACAUUAGCCGAGCCAGAAGACCCGAAGUUUACAACUUCUUCUUGGCUCGUCGAGGUGGUGCACCAUCAUCACAUGGCACUUUGGUCAGCAUCAAUGUGGCUGUUGGAAAAGAAGACUUCCCUGGCAAUUGCUAUGGCUGUGGGAAGGAAGGGUACCAUCACUUUGAGUGUCCCAACUGUAAGGACAAGCCUUACACCAAGCACACUGAUAUGUGGGCUACGGUUGCCUCGGGUUCCACCCAGGUCAUGACAAGUGCCCCCAUUGCUUCACCCUCAGCAGGUACAAUUGCCACUUUAGCGAAAUUAGAGAAAUCUGAGCUGGCGGACUUGAUGGCACAGGUGAAGUCAAUGUGUGAGGAGCUCGAGCACUAUUGGGUGAUGAAGGAGGAGUCUUUUUGA